AUGUCGUUUAGAAAAAGGGGGGAGAUAAUAAGCGGUCUAGGUGAGGUAAAGGUAGCUCCUGGUAGGGAACCUGGUGGACAUCCAUCAGGUAGAUUCCCUACAAAUCGAGGAUUAGCAUCUAUAAAAAUGCCAAUGGCUCCUCCUCGUGGAGUUGUUCCGAGUCCUGCAGCUGGCAUGGCUGCGGGCCAAAGGACUCCAAUAUCUGUUGCUGCUGUAACCAAGGAGUUAGACAUUAUGAAAGUUGCUGAUCUCUCUGUUGCAGAGAAUCAUCCAGGAAUUAGGCCGUCACCUGCUACAUCUCAACAAACCACCUCUACUGGGAGCCAGGAUGUAGAUAAAUUAUUGGGGCAUAUGGGACUUCCCCUUGGCCAAUCACUACUAAUUGAGGAACAAACUACUACGGAUUUUGCGUCGAUUCUUGCGAAGAGCUUUGCUUCACAAGGAGUUAUUCAUAACAGGGUUGAAGGUGGUAACGCUAUGAAAAAUGGUAAUACACAUUUAGUUCUAUUUACAUUGAACAAAAAUUAUGCUAGAGAGCUCCCUGGUGUAUUCAAGGGGUCCAAGAAGGAAGUUAAAAGAUCGAAGAUCUCAGAAGAAGAGUCCAGAGUUACGGUUCAGAAUUUAGCAGGUACUACCUCUGGGCAUCAGCCAACAAGAUACCAGGAUUUGAAAAUUGCGUGGAGGUAUGGUCUGGUGGAUGAAGAAGGGAAAAGCAAGGUAGAUGUAUCUGAUUCAGAAACGUAUCCACAUUACAAUCAUCAAUUUGAUACUACAUCACGCCUAUUACCUGCUCCGACAUCUGCAGAAGUGUCUUACAUCUCUCCCAUCCAGCCAGUAAAAACCAUUUUAAAACAGCUAGAAGCCAUGAUUUUGAAUUCUGGGAACAAGCUUUUGCGAAUUUUGAUCCCCAACUUAUUAAAUCCUGUAAUGUACCCACCUAAGUUAUGCCAGCUUCAGGAGGUGAUGCCUCUUCUACAUGGUAUAAGAGCCUUGGUCAAAAAAUACUCCCAUAAAUGUGUUUUGUUCACUACAAUUUCAACGGAUUUAUUUAAAAGCCAUACAGGCUUGUUUUUGAACCAGAUUGAGACGCUCUUCGAUUCAAUUCUAAUCUUAGAGCCAUUUAACCAAGAAAUGCUACAAUUUUUGGAAAAAGCAUGUAAAUCGCAGCCAAACAAAGUCCAACACGGCCUGGUACAUAUAAAAAAACUUCCAGUGUUCUCUGAAAGAGGUGAAAUGCACUUGGUCAAGUCCGAAUGGGCAUUUAAGAAUGGUAGAAAGAAAUUUGCAAUCGAAGAAUGGAGCAUUCCUGUUGAAGACGGCAGUGACGACCAGCCCCAACAUCGAACAGAUCCUGGCAGCGGAGCAAAUUACGAACUUAAUUCUGCAGAGCAUACGCACCAACAUUCACCUUCAUUAGACUUUUAA